CUCAGUACGCGAAAAACAAUUGAAAUGAGUACAGUUUCCCGGCCUUGUCUCUUCCUCUGUGUGUGCCUGAUGGGUGUGACAUGGGCUCUCGCACUCCCAGUCCAGACGUCUACUCCCGUGCCGAACAUUAAGGUGGAGCCUGUGACAGAUGGACGGUCGCUGGCAACUUCUGAAGCGUCUCAAUCGGAGAGAACAUCUGAGAGCAGCUCUACAUCGCUCAGUCAUUCGGAGACCUUCACAUCGGAGAGAGCUCCUGAGAUCGUUACAUCAGAGGCAGCUAUUUCUACCGCCUUCCCAUUAGAGGCAUCUACUACAGAAAAGUCCAUUGCUAAGCCACCAACAAACAGUCAAGGAGAAGAUUUGAAACUUGACUCAACAACAGAAGUCUCGAAAGAGCCAACUGAUGAAGUACAAUGUGUGACUGCCUGGGAAAAAUUCUUGAUUGACUUUGGAGGCCGCUACCACAGUGAGAUUGAGAAGGAGAAGCGCCGCAAUGUGUUCUGCGACAACUGGCGAUCGAUCACGAAACACAACAAACUUUUCGAACAGCAUAUGGUACCUUACGAGAUGGACGUCAAUCAGUUCAGCGAUCUUACCUUCGAGGAAUGGCGACUAAAGCAAAUGCCACGCCCCGGUGUGAUGAGAGCUCCUGAGAUCGUCUCAUCUGAGGAAGCCAUUUCUGGCGCCAUCCCAUUAGAGGCAUCUACUACAGAAAAGUCCAUUGCUAAGCAAAAUAGUCAAGAAGAAGACUCGAAAGUUGACUCCACAACAGAGGUCUCGGAAGAGGCAAAUGAUCAAGUGCUAUGUCGGAUUACCUGGGAAAAAUUCUUGAUUGACUUUGGGGGCCACUACCACAGUGAGAUUGAGAAGGAGAAGCGCCGCACUGUGUUCUGCGACAACUGGCGAGCGAUAAAGAAGCACAACAAACUUUUCGAGCAGCAUAUGGUACCUUACGAGAUGGACAUCAAUCAGUUCAGCGAUCUGACAUUCGAGGAAUGGAAGACUAAGCAAAUGCCCCGCCCUGGUGUAAUGAGAGCUCCUGAGGUCGUCACAUCAGAGGACGCUGUUUCUACUGCCUUCCCAUUAGAGGCAUCUACUAUAGCGGAGGAAAAUCUCCAGUCCUCCACAGAAAAGUCCAUAGUUAAGCCACCGACAAACAGUCAAGAAGAAGACUCGAAAGUUGACUCCACAACAGAGGUCUCGGAAGAUGCAAAUGAUCAAGUGCUAUGUCGGAUUACCUGGGAAAAAUUCUUGAUUGACUUUGGGGGCCACUACCACAGUGAGAUUGAGAAGGAGAAGCGCCGCAAUGUGUUCUGCGACAACUGGCGAUCGAUAAAGAAGCACAAUAAACUUUUCGAACAGCACAUGGUACCUUACGAGAUGGACAUCAAUCAGUUCAGCGAUCUGACAUUCGAGGAAUGGAAGACUAAGCAAAUGCCGCGCCCUGGUGUAAUGAGAGCUCCUGAGGUCGUCACAUCAGAGGACGCUGUUUCUACUGCCUUCCCAUUAGAGGCAUCUACUAUAGCGGAGGAAAAUCUCCAGUCCUCCACAGAAAAGUCCAUAGUUAAGGCACCGACAAACAGACAAGAAGAAGACUCGAAAGAUGACUCCACAACAGAGGUCUCGGAAGAGGCAAAUGAUCAAAUGCUAUGUCGGAUUACCUGGGAAAAAUUCUUGAUUGACUUUGGGGGCCACUACCACAGUGAGAUUGAGAAGGAGAAGCGCCGCAAUGUGUUCUGCGACAACUGGCGAUCGAUAAAGAAGCACAACAAACUUUUCGAACAGCACAUGGUACCUUACGAGAUGGACAUCAAUCAGUUCAGCGAUCUGACAUUCGAGGAAUGGAAGACUAAGCAAAUGCCGCGCCCGGUUGUCAUGGAUCGGGAUUUCUAAGGACUAAUUAAAUGAUUGCAAAUUCUACCGAUA